ACACAAUUUAGCUCAAAAGUUUUGGUACAAUUAUGUUGGCACGAAGGGAAUAUAUCCCUUCUUCCAUUCCAACAUUCUUUUUUCUCUCCCAACUCAUUAAUUUGUUACCAUUACAGAGGGAUGGGUUCGAAGCAGCGAAGAAGGUGAUAAUCUCAGCAAUCACUAACAACCUCGACAUAGAAAAGAUACUCAUCCAACCCUCAAAAACAAUCGCCAUCGCCGACUUAGGAUGCUCAGUGGGCCCCAACACCUUCUUCGCCAUGCAAACCAUAAUCCAAACCCUCCAACACAAACACCACCAUUUCCAAUUCCAAGUGUUUUUCAACGACCAGACUUCCAACGAUUUCAACACCCUCUUCGCCUCCCUCCCUCACCCCCGACCCUACUUCGCCGCCGCCGUGCCGGGCUCCUUCUACGGCAGACUCUUCCCAUCUUCCUCUCUCCACAUCGCCUUCUCCUCGUCCUCGCUCCAUUGGCUCUCGAGGGUGCCGCCGCCGCUGCAGCUGAGGGACUCCCCCGCGUGGAAUCCCGAGAGGAUUCACUACACGGGGGCGUCCGACGCGGUGGUGGAGGCCUAUGCGGAUCAGUUUGAGGAGGACAUGGGUGUUUUCUUGAGGUCGAGGGCUGAGGAAAUUGUUGAGGGUGGGAUUGUUAUUAUCAUUAUGCCAGGUGUUGAUGAUGGAGUUGUUACACAUGAUGUUGGGAUAGCCAUUACUUUUCUUGGAUGCAUUCUCAUGGAUAUGGUCAAAGAGGGUAUGUUAAGCCAAGACAAAGUGGACACAUUGAACGUUCCUCAUGUAUAUCCAAGUGUGAAGCAAAUGAGAAGAGCUAUGGAGAAGAAUGGAUGCUUCGAAAUCGUGGAAAUGGAAAUAAGGAAUGCAAGGUCAAACCAGGAAGCCCCAAUUGACAUAGAGAGUGCAGUAAUGCAUCUUAGAGCUUUGGCAGAAUCAACAAUGGCAAAUCACUUGGGAUCUCACAUUGUGGAAGAGCUUUUCAAUCGAGCAGUUGAGAAAAAAACCUUGUUUUCUCAGAUGUUGUAUUCUGCUGGGAUUCAAAUCGGUUCUCAGCUUUUCGCUCUUCUUAAACGCAAUGAUGUCUCUUGCUGAUGUAGUGAUUUGAGGCACAACAGCCAACUAUGUUUGUCAUAAUAAAUGUUAACAUAUGAACACUACAUGUAUGGAAAUAAUAUGAUUUCUCUUUGAA